CGAAGAAUACCGACAUACCGACAUACCCCAACAGUCAUCGCUAUAAUUAUUUGCGCUUCUGACUUAGUGACGUAUUUUUUUUUCUUAUUAAUUCGGCACUUUUCACAGUCUAGCGCGGCACAUUGCAUCAUCUCGAUCCCACAACUUUAUUCGGAAUACGCUGCGCACUUGGGCGGUUCGAGAAGAUCAACUUGCCCAUCCUCUUUCUCUGUGUGAUUAAUGUGCUCUGGGCAUACAGUCUUCGUUUUCUCAUCACAUCUUAUAUAGGGCUAUGCCCGCGGUUGUCGAGGAUAUCACUCCGAUAACAAGAUCAGAAGGCACAGUCAUGGAAUCUUCCACUGCGGAUAAGAAGCGCAACAAGCUUGGAUAUCAUCGCACCUCUGUCGCAUGUGUACACUGUCGGCGGCGAAAGAUCCGAUGUCUUGUUGCGCCAGACGAUGCUCAAGGACGAUGCGAGAAUUGUAUCCGCCUCCGAAAGGAAUGCCAGUUCUUCCCUGUCGACCAGCAGCCCCCGAUUGAGAAGAAGUCACGUCCCAGUUCUCGUCUAGAAACCGCUUCGACGGACCCGUCGACCGCUUCUUCGUCGCCACCGAAUGUGACUGGGGUAGAGCAAGCGGAGCCUUUCUUUACUUACCAACCCAUGCCGUUGGGUUCGAAUCCGGAUGUGGGAGCCUUCAAUACUGCGACCUUUCCGAGUAACCCGAUGGCACCAUUUACUCCAGAUCGCAGCGUCGGUGCGGAAUUUGUAGCGCCUCCUUCUAUGGACCCCGGGGUUCCGUGGGACGAGUAUACGACCAUCACAGACCCUCAAAUGUUAGCAGCUAUGCCCGCGGGGAAAGCAAUGAUGAACAUGUCUUCGAACGUUUGGAGUGCGACACCCAAUCCUAUGGCACCGAUGCCAACCACUUCGCCCCUGCCAGGAACGCCCACAGUCCCGUCGCAGUCGCAAGGUCUGGCACAGACACCCACGUAUGCCAUGCAGCCUGAUGGGACGGUCUGGCAAGUGCCCCCCCAACGCGCGAUGACAUUUUCGGCACAACCCGCAGACAUGGCAAUCCCGUAUCCGAACCAAGGUCAAUUCGUGCAGCCAUCGCCUGCAGAUCUUAAAAGAAGAAUGACCAGCCCGGCCCAGUCUUUCCCCGGAACUCCGAUCAACCCCCAGAGUCCUCCUGCAGCGGAUCUACAGGCGGUGUCCGUCUCAUACCCAGGCCAGCCGGCCGCUAUGGGUUUCAACACCUGGCAGGAUGUGAACAGCAUGUCCCCCAUGAGUGUGGUCCAGUACCCGAUGUACACGAACGACCCAGCCCAGCAAGCAGGCUUUGGCAGCCCGCCACCGAUGGGCCACCCCGGUCCAGGCCAAUCCCCGCAAUAAUGAGCUCGACGAAGAGCGGAGAUGACAAGCGCUUCAGAAGGAAAACAAAAAGCAUCAUCGGAUUCGCUAUUAAAUACCCCGUGCGACGUAUUGCAUCCAUUUCUUUUUCUCACUUCUUUCCCAUAUCAUUCCAUCCCAUGCAUGCACCUUUACUUUUACCGGCUGGUCAUUAGCGGGCGCAGAGGAUCUU